AUAUAUACAGAUAUAUAAUAUAUAAUUCAUAAUUCCCUAUAUAAACCAUGUUCGUUCUACACAGAAGGCAGUCGCACAAAAAACCUUCACUGAAACCCCAUUUUCAAAUUUCAAACCCUAACAUGGCUAGGGACUACACCUAUUAUUCUUACUGGGACUACUUCUCCAUCCCUCUCCACCUUUGUUUCUUCAUUUCCAUCCUCGUCUUCAUCUUGGGGUUCACAUGGUACAUAAACUACGAGUCCAUGUUUGAGGACUUGAUGACACAAGUCAAACUCUUCCUCAUGAUCGUUCCAAUCAUUCUGCUACUCGUCGUCCACUGCUUAUCGGGUGGGUUGUCGUUUUUCUUGCCGCUGCCGGAGCAGGAUUCACUUCAUAGAGCCGGAGGGUCUCCAUGGGGCGUUGGACUCGUGCUUGUGUUCCUUUUGAUCAUGAUCUCUUACCAGUCUUCUUUCCAGGAACGUUGGUUUCCCUUACUGAGUAGAUGAUGAUGUGGUUUUGUUAGGUAUAUAUAUACAAAUGGAUGUUCAUGUAAUAUGAAUUUGUAAUAGUACUAUAGCUUUGGCUUUGGUCUGUUGAUCGUUUUGGCAUACACAAAACUGCCUAUACCUAAAUAGUACCUGUUGUUUUGAGAUCUGUAUGCAACUUGGUGUUGUGAUAUUCCUUUA